ACUCCGGUACUCUUCAUCGAGCGAGAGAAAAAGAGAGAUACCAACCGAAUACAAACAAGGCAUCAGGAAACAAGAAGAAAAAACAGCGUACAAGAUACUAAAACGAGACAUGCAGACUUGAAGGGGGGCCCCCCGUGCUGACUCUGUGAGAAACCGCGUGCCUUUCAACGACAUGGGGUUUGGACGCGACCUGCGGAACUCCCACGAGGGCCUGCUGAAGCUGCAGGACUGGGAGCUGAAGCUGCUCGAGACGGUCAAGCGCUUCAUGACCCUGCGCGUGAAGAGCGACAAGGAGUACGCCUCCCUCCUGCUGAACAUCAGCCAGCAGGUGGACAAGCACGACAACUCCUCACAGGUGGACUACAACAGCAAAGUUUCCAAGUCCUGGGCCCAAAUGGUUCAGCAGACGGAGCAGCUGAGUAAGAUCAUGAAGUCCCACGCAGAGGAUCUGAACUCCGGUCCUCUGCACCGGCUCACCAUGAUGAUCAAGGACAAGCAGCAGGUGAAGAAGAGCUACCAGAGCCUCCACCAGCAGAUCGAGUCUGAGAUGCACAAGGUUACAAAGAAUGACCUAGAGAAGUUAAAAGGCACUUACAGACAAUUAAUAAAAGAUGCCCAUUGUGCCAAAGAAAAAUACAAAGAAGCCAUUGUAAAAGAGGAGCAGCUUAAAACAUCAGGCAAGGAGCCGGAGAAGGCACGUGAGCGCUACGACAAAGCCACCAUGAAGCUGCACAACCUGCACAACCAGUACGUGCUGGCCGUCAGGAGCGCGCAGCUGCACCAGGAGCACUACCACGACACCACCCUGCCCCUGCUGCUGGACUCACUACAGAAGAUGCAGGAGGAGAUGGUCAACGCACUGAAGGGGAUUUUGGAAGAAUACAGCGAAAUCACCAGCCUUUUAUCUGAUGAAAUAGUCAAGGUUCACAAAGAGAUACACACUUCCAUAGAGCAAAUAGACCCUGCUUCAGAGUAUGAACAUUUCAUUGAAGUACACAGGUCACCAGAAACCAAAGAACCAAGUGUAGAAUUUGAUGUUUCACUGCUGGAGGAAACUGAGAACCUUCAAGCAAAUGAGAUCCUGUGGAAUAACUUGACAGCAGACAGUUUACAAGCAUUGUUGAAAUCCACAUCAGAAGAGCUUGCCCUCACCCAGCAGAGUCUGCAGAGCAAAGAGGAGCUCAUGCAGGACCUGGAGAAUAAGAUCGAGGAGUCCACCAAAACAUGGGAGAAGAAGUCAGACGCGGUGCUCUUGCUGAGUCAGAAGCAGGCUCUGGAGGAGCUGCGGCAGACCCUGCAGCUGCUGCGCUGCACCGAGGCCAAGCUGACCGCGCAGAAGGAGCUGCUCGACCAGAAGAUGCAGGAGAACGAGGGCAAGGAGCCGCCCCCCGUGGUCAACUACGAGGAGGACGCCCGCUCGGUCAACUCGAUGGACAAAGGAAAAGACAGGGUAUCAAAGUUUGACACCUUGCGUCAUUCCAUCGCUGGCAUCAUCCGCUCCCCAAAGUCAGUCCUUGGAUCUUCUUCGUUCUUUGAUGUGAUACCAACUAGUGAAAAGCCCCUUGGAGAGCAGGAGUGGUACCAUGGAGCCAUCCCCAGGAUAGAGGCCCAGGAGCUGCUGAAGCAGCAGGGUGACUUCCUGGUUCGAGAGAGCCACGGCAAGCCGGGAGAGUACGUCCUGUCCGUUUUCUCCGAUGGACAACGACGGCACUUUAUCAUCCAGUUUGCAGAUAAUCAAUAUCGAUUUGAAGGCACUGGAUUCCCAACCAUUCCUCAGCUUAUUGAACACCAUUACACUACAAAGCAAGUCAUUACCAAGAAGUCGGGGGUCGUCCUGUUAAACCCGGUUGUCAAGGAUAAGAAAUGGAUUCUCAAUCAUGAGGAUGUUAUACUUGGAGAUUUACUGGGCAAAGGUAAUUUCGGGGAAGUUGUCAAGGGAACUCUUCGAGACAAAACUCCAGUGGCAGUGAAAACCUGUAAAGAAGACCUUCCACAAGAGCUGAAGAUCAAGUUCCUUUCAGAAGCCAGAAUCCUUAAACAAUAUGAUCACCCAAAUAUUGUGAAGUUGAUAGGUGUCUGCACACAAAGACAGCCUAUAUACAUCGUGAUGGAGCUUGUGCCGGGAGGGGACUUCUUGUCUUUCUUAAGGAAGAAAAAGGAAGACCUGAAAACUAAACAGCUGGUUAAAUUUGCUUUAGAUGCUGCUGCAGGAAUGGCAUACCUCGAGCUAAAGAACUGCAUCCACAGGGAUCUCGCCGCGAGAAACUGCCUGGUGGGAGAAAACAACCUGUUGAAGAUCAGCGAUUUCGGCAUGUCGAGACAAGAGGAUGAUGGGAUAUACUCUUCAUCUGGCUUGAAGCAGAUUCCCAUCAAGUGGACGGCACCAGAGGCGUUGAACUAUGGGAGAUACAGCUCGGAGAGCGACGUGUGGAGCUACGGGAUCCUCCUGUGGGAGACGUUCAGUUUAGGAGUCUGCCCUUACCCCGGAAUGACCAAUCAGCAGGCGCGGGAGCAAGUGGAGAAAGGAUACAGGAUGACCUGCCCGCAAAAGUGUCCAGAGGAGGUUUACAAGAUCAUGCAGAGGUGCUGGGAGUACAAACCAGAAAAUCGUCCGAAGUUUGCCGACAUACAAAAAGAACUGACCUUGAUUAAGAAGAAAUAGCACAUGUAUGUGGGGAGGAGAACGAUUUGUGCAUUCCGACACCCCGAGAGAAAUGUGCCGUAUGUUUCAGCAUCAACACUUUUCUAGCAUGAUUGUACAGUUGUGUACAAUUUGACACAAGUCCACUGUGUUAAACUGCCUAUGCAACAGCUGUUUUGAGCCACUGGCAAGAAAAGAUGUUUCUUCUCAGCUUCAGGCACAACCAAAUACCCAGCAUUCCUAGGGUGCCGUGUGUUAUCGAUCAGGCCCUGUUAAGGUUUUACUGAAUGAUGGUAAAAUUGGGACUGAGCUGAAAGCUAUGAAUGAUACCUGCGCAGUUUCUCUCCUUUUAAGUUAUUGUUUGUGACACAGUCCCAAGAGUAAAGGAAAAAAAAACAGCCGUGUCAGUCAAGCGAAUUGCAGGAUUUCAAGUAAUUCUCCAACCCCCCUUGGAGAAUCUGUGACAUAUCGUGUUUAGCCCCAGUGUUGAGGCCUCCCUAUGAGGCCUGUGGUCCGCAGAAUUUUGUCCUGUUAAGAGGGUCACCUUUAUGCCCUUCUCUGUGGGACUCAGCACUGUACAGUUGAGAGUAAGCUUGAUUUUUCUGUCCUGGGGAGUGCUCGGUGAAUAAGGUCGGAUUUGCUUUGACCAGCAGCCAGCUUACGAUGUAGGGAGAAAAAAUAAACCCUGCUGCUUAUUUUUCAGUUUCCCCAAACAAGUGAAGCAAGCACAGAAAUCUGGUUCAAUCCACAGGGCUCCUUCGUCAUGAACAAUGAUUGUACAGUCCAUUGCAUGAUAUAAUGGAUAUCAUAUACGUAAGAAUAUGAGACUGGAUAUUAAACAUGAGCAUGAAUUAUGUGCAUAUCCUUCAAAUUUCAAUCUGUGCAAACAGUUGAGAAGGUAGCGUGGAAUGCAGACUGUAGUGAAUUUUGCCAGUGAAGCAGUACAGUAUUCUUCAGUGUUUUUGAGAACACUGUUAAUGGCAUGAAACCCAGUAAUAGAUCAAUUCAAAAUAUCCUCUGAAGAAUGCAUACAAAAUAGGUCCCAUUCAUAGAUUAUUUCUUUACAAAUCUGGGACUUUGUGACAGGAUAAAAUAGUCACACAUACACAUGAGGUUCAGAUUCUCUAUUUUGUAGCAUAGAGAACAUAUUACAUUCCAGUUAGCUGAAAGUAGAAAACACCAUUUUUGUGCUUUACUGCCCCUUCAGAAAUGUGUUGUGAGACAUUUUUCAUGGAGUCCUAUAGAGGUUGUCUGUGGUGACGUAUCCCUGGAGCUGCCCAUACGCCUGGUAUGAUUUGAAGCCCAUUCCACACAGGAAUUCACAGAAUUGCUCCACCUAACACUCUGUGGGAAAGCUUUGACUUGAACAUAAAGGUUACCUGAAAUGCAUACUGUUUAAGUAUUCAGUGCAGUCAAGGGUCUAUUCUACAGCUUUCCUAGGAUAGUGGGGGAAAAAAUUCAAGGUUACAUGAUGUCAGCCAUUUCAUGAAAAAUGUAAAUGCUCUCUGGGUUGCCAAGCUUACAAUUAGAAAAAAACUUCAGUCUUAAGUAAUCUUGAAAUCAUUUCAGUUGUUAUCAGUUGACAAAAAACAUCAUGCUAAAAUUGGAUGGGUAUUACCUGACAGGUGAAUUGUAAUGACCUGCAUAUCCUUCUCACAGCCCAAAUAACUCCCAUGGGUAAAUGUUCUAGAAUAGGUCUUUCAAAUCAAAAGUGGUGUGGUCAGUUGAGGAUUGACUUUUUAUGGUCUGACCCCCAAAGAGCACUUUCUGAAGGACAACUGAAAAAAUCCCACCAAGCAUAUAGUUGGACAUCCAGCACUUCAUUCUGCAGCUGCCUUAAUCCAUCUGGAGAAACAAUUUAGUCUCACGGCCCAUGAUGGGUAGCGCCAGUUGCAGAUAUUGAGAAAUUUUUCACAGGCACAUUUGUGCCUGUAAAGUCAUAUGUCCACGUAGCGGGAACGGCAGCUUUUGUGAGAUCUCAUGCUUCGGAAGAAGGCCUGUCAGUGACAACAUACUUUGUUGAAUUCAGCUUUUUAUUGAGAUUUGAGUGUUUGAAAUUUCACAAGCCAACAAAAUGCAAAGGCAAGCAAGUUGUCCUUUUGUGCUUGUGGAAGUAAUGUGAUGCAAAUUACGGUAGCAUAUGCAAGGUGUUAGUGCAGGUAUCGAAUAUUAGCAUUUUUAUGUAUUUAAAGAGAGGUUGUGGAUGCCUUUCAGUUUCAUUCCAACCAAAUGUGUACCAUUGGUUUGCGGAGCACUGUUAAAUUCCCUGUCAAAUGUUUAAAAAAUAUUCCAAACGAGCAGAUUCAGGAUGCAGCAGUAUGCACAGCUAAAAAAGAAUGUGUUGCUCUUUACUUGCCCUCUCACCAUCAUUUCAGCCUAUCAACCAGUCAACCCAAAUCUAUCAAUAAAGGCAAGUUUUAGAAAAGUGUAGAUGAUAUACAUUAGUUGAUAUCUGUGAAAUACCUUACAUUCAGGCACAUUGAUCAGUCCUUUGCAAAGGUGGUGAAACCCUUGCAGAAUAUUAGAAUGUUUAUUAUUAUCCAGCAGAGAGAUUAGAGAUGAUCGCUGUGUGUUUGGACUGGACUUUGACAGAUGGGAUUACAUAGAUGGCAGAGCUUUGGCCAAGAAGAGCUCAGGUUAAAGCACAGGCAAACCCACUUAGUCAACAUUUGUCUUCUGGGAAUGUCUUCCCUGUCUUUGUGAACUGUAACAAAUCUAGAGGUCUUUUUGUUUAUGCUCAGAGUGUGACUAGCAUACACUACCAUGUAUAAGCAUGUGAAAUGUUCGGCGCUUCCUUGAGUCCAUUAUCAGUCUCAUAAAUUACUUAAGCACAAGCCAUUAAUCUCUUUCUGAAGAACUGAUUCAUUAGUUUGAAAGCAAGAAAUGGAAUUAAUAGGGGUUUAAUGAAGCAGUGAAAACAUAAGAUAGUUGUUCUUGAAACAUUGUAAGCCAUAUCUGUGCGUUCGUCCCCACCAAUGUCAGAGUGUCCUUGCUCAAAUACACUCAGAUUAAAACACACAUUUUCACCUUGUUUCAUUGGAUGAAGCUUUCUUUCAGAAUAACAUAAGAAAAACAUAAUUUGUAUAUAACUUGAAAUAAAAAAAAGUAUCAGUGUAAGUUUAUGAAAAGUGUAUACUUCUGUCAUGUACCAAGCUACCUUUCCUUGGUGAUGCAAUGCCUGUGUUACCAUUUCAUAGGGUUGCAGCUGUUUGCCUGAUUUCAGAAUGGAACAUGAAUAGAUAUAUAUAAUAGGAGCCCAGACAGAGGUCCUACAACCAAAACUGUCUGUGGAGAUAUCCUUCAAAACAUACAGCCCUGCUGCUGCUUUAUUAUUAUUAUUGUUACUAUACAAGUUACCACUGUCUCAUAAACAACAAUUAAAUUUGCAGACUUGCAGUGUUAUGCUAGAGCUGUUUGUAGUCAGUUUGAUUGAUCUUGCAGACAUAAGUAAUCCAGCUUGAAACAAAGCUCCCAGACCUGUAUUUAUGGCCCAGAUUUCUUUUAUAUUAAUUUCCACCUCCAGCUAAUUAUCAUGAAGCACAAAGUGAUCUGAUCCUUCCAUUAACUUGUCAAAGCUUUGAAAUUUUGUUUUACAAGUCUAAUUUCCCUGUGCUGAUGUAACCUGCAUCUGUAUUUACAGUGCCCUUAAGCCUUUAUAAAAACAGCACUACACUAUCAAAGCUUCCUUGAUUCUGUGUCUUUAGAUUAGCAUCCAAAGUCUGAAUAAAAGGUUCUUCUUGUUUUCCUUUCCCCACCUUUCAAAUCAGAGACAGGGGAAAGAAGAAAAAAAAAAAGCGCCUCGCCUGUUUGAAAUGCCUGAUAUUAAACUGCAAGGAAGCCUGUCUUAAGAGGUCACCUUAAAUUGAAAAUUACAAGACCUCAUAUCGCAGUGUCAUUCAACCAACAAGAGCCGAGUUCUGGAAAGUAAUGGUCUUCGCUCUGCAAAUUAAAUGGCAUGACAGAGAGACAGCUCAAUGUCUUCCUAAUUGAAAGAUUCAGCCUAAUUGAAAAGAAGACUCUUCUGCACCAAAUGCUCUAUGAGACAGACCCCCUCGGGGUGUUUAUGAUGCAGUCUUGAGGUAAUGUUGUGCUCCGCUGGAGGCAAAUAAAGCGCGUACGUUUGGAUGAAUUACCAUCACAAAGAAGGUGAAGUAAAAGCCAGGUGCAGAGACACUCUGUCAGAGCAAUGUGUUGUUCCCCCCAGUGUACUCUCCAUCUCUUGUCGAUUCAAAAAACCUGCCUACAUCAACAUUUUCAGGCCCGGGGGGGGGAUGCAUGCUGCGGUCUGGCCUUGAGAUUGGUCAUUAAGGAUAUAUAUAGCAACUCUGAAGUCUAUACAGGGAGCAUAAAAAACAUCACAGGGAAGAGUUCAGUGUUUAUGGCGAAAGAAUAAAGCAGGAAAUGUUCACCUGACAGUAUAUGCGCUGUGGAAAUUGCGGCAUCUGUGAGGAGCUCUCAGUUGCAGGUGUUUUGUGCACUUAAGCAGAAGGGGGCCUGAAGUUGUAUUUUACAGUCAUAUCCCACAGAGGGAUUUUGGAUGAGCACUCAAGCUCUUGCCCCAACUC